UUCAAGGGUAUCUUCGCCCGCCGUGACGAGGGGUCCCUGUGGUGUUGUUGCGUCACGGAUCCACGCCGAGAUGCCUCUUCCGCUCUGGACCGGGCCCGCGGAUUGUCUGACUCUGGUCGGACCAAUCUUCAGCAAACGAUCGCAUUCCACCAAUAUUGAGCCUAUUCACAACCACGCCGUCUCAGACCGGUAGUGCUCCUCUCCGCUCCUGCAACGGGCCAGCUGUGCAAUGUCGCCUGAUUUUCUGAGACGCCAUCCAGGGGAGCACCCCGGUAAUUACGGGUACAUAGUGUACAGUACCUAUCCACGCUAACGCUGCGUUAGCCCCGGAGAUCGCGAAUCGCGAACAGGGCUUGCGGCACCCUUCACGAUGGCCCGUUGGAAAGGGCAGGCCUGCCGGCGUGGCGUGCAGUUUGCCAGCAUGACGGCCGUCCCGUCGCUGGGCGGUUGUGUCCCGAACCCUGCUGGCGAUCAACCAGGCUCAACAUAACCGCCGCGCUUCUCAUGGCUUUCCGAUCGCGCGGAAAUGCUAUGAGACGUGAAAUGACUUCAGGCUCAACUUCGCCGCGAGGGAGAUGAAAUGUCAGCAGGCACAGGAGGAAACCACCAACGGAAUAUCAAAAGCCCAUUGCCGCAGGCUUCCAUCGGGGGCAAGGAACAGCAACAACCCCUGGCAGCCCGCUGAAUGGCUGCAGUCCAUUCGGCCUGCAGCGAGCAGCCAUGAUGAAAGCGGUUAGGCUCUACAGCCCCCCGUGGGCGGGGACAGCGCCGGGGUCCGGGCUGGGGGGCAUGGUUUGGGAAGGCGGAGAGCCUACCCGGGCUCAGAAUGGGGGGGGAGGGGUGCAUGGUCCGGCAGCAGGCCCCCUGGACCAAGGACAAGGUUCUGUAUCAGAUGCUGCCCAGCGUCCGCAAGAUGCAAGCCAGCACGCUAGACGGCCCCUUCAUAAUGCUGGCAUCCCCCCCGUCACGUUUCCCGGAGGAAGAAACCCUUAUCUCGAUCGCCCUCUUCCUCCCCCGCCAUCCAAGAGCAACUUCGCGGCGACUGCCAGCACAACGAGACCCGCCAUGAAAACGACGGGGAGACCAAGCACGUCUUCGGGCCCCGGGUCGAGCAAAAUGGCUGGCACGCGGCCCAACUUCGACAAGCGGAUGUCUAAAGAUGACUUGGCCCUGAUGGGCAUGGGCAUGGGCAAGGGCAGGGAAAGGGGUCUACAGCCAUACAUGACUGGUGCGAAGGGUCCCGGGCUACUUACACCCGAGCCCAGCCCUUACCCGAGGCGCAUGCCAUCUCCGCCGGCCGUCCUGUCGCCUCCGGCCAGACUCUUGACGCCGCAAUCGUCGACCUCUGGGGAGAUCCAGAUCGGGAAGGCGCUGGGAAGUCCGACGCGGGAUUCAGCACAAUACCCCCCGAGUCCCCCCACCAGCCGCCCGUACUUUGGGUGGCAGCCGCAGUCACAGGUAUCAGUCCAGAUCAGCUCGUCGCCAUCCCCAGCGCAGACUCCAGAGCCCCCGAUUCAGAGGACGAAGACGCAGAAGCGGAGGCUGUUUGGCUCGCUGUUCGGGAGGAAGCAGGCAGAACCACCCAAGGCUACGGAAGCCAGCGAUGUGAACCGCAGCGUCUCGUCGACUUGGGCCCCGGGUGCCAACAACGACGCUGCUCCGGCUAGAAGCAACACUGUCAGGAAGACGCCGAAGCACAAGCCCAUCGUUAUCAGGUCAAACACGGAGCCAUUUCCGGACGCCGCAGUCCCGCAAGAAAGUUGGCCGAGUAUUUCGGGAACCUCUUCUUCUCUUUCCACAAACAAGCCCGGGUUGCUCGAUGUUGAGAUCCCUGAUAUCAGGCUGGAGCGAUACAGCGUCAUGUUCAGCGGCGUAUUGAAUGCCAAUGGGACAAAGUCGUCCCUGCUCGAAAGGCGGCAGGCCACCCUGGAAAAGCUAAAGACCAUCAGCGACGGCAGAGAAGACGAGAUGGUGGAAGAGAGGACGAGACCGCGCAGGGCGACCUCACCGCAGCCAGGCAAGUCACCCGCUUUCUCACUCUUCCCGCAGACGCCGACCCGGCAGUCGGGGGUGGAGGCGGUAUCGACAUCUUUGGCGCCGCCGCCGCGUGGGCUCACGCGCUCGAACACAUCACCGGCCUAUCUCCCGUCGCCGGCGAGAGCAACAUUUGAGGCUGGACAGCAGCCCAGCGCACCAGAGCACCUCGCCCGGAAGGAGAGGAAGACGGUCACCAUCGUCUCGCCUCGGACCAUGGACGAGCGCGACCGCGCGGCCAAGGUAGAGAAGCUGCGCGAGCAGCAGCAGCAGCAACAGCGACAGCAAGCACACCAACAGCAUCCACUGCGGUCUCACCCGCAGCCCGCAAUGGCAUCCACAACCGCCACCUUCCACUUCGACCCCGACGAAUCCGCCCUGAUUCUCGACUCCCCCGAGAGCAUCUCCUCACCCUUCUCCUCCCCUGCCUCCUCAGGCUACGACUCCGCCUCCUCCCCGCAGCGCGCCAAACCCGGCCCCGCGGUCAUCCCCUCCCUCAGGCCCACCAUCCCCGAACCCGAAUGGCAGAUCCUCACCCCGCCCUCCUCCACCUCCUCCGCCGGCUCCGCCAGCACUGCCAGCAAUGCCAGCACCGCUACUACCACUACCACCACCACCGCCGCCUCAACAACAUCAGCAACCACACCAGCCGCCAAGCGCUCCAGAUCAGCCACCGUCUCCGCAUCCACCUCCACCUCCACCUCCGCCUCCGCCUCCGGCUCUGUGCGCGCCUCCCGCCCCUCCACCGACGACGACAGCACCGCCGCCGCGGCGCUCCCGCGCGUCUCGGUCGACGAGCAGGACGCGGCGCUGAAAGCGGCCGUCGAGAGCUCGAUCGCGCGGCAGAUCAGCAUCUCGCGGCAGCAGCGGCAGCUGCUGAUGAGGCCUUUUGGGCCGGGGCAGGGUGCGCUCAGUGCUGGUUCUGCUGCUAGUAGUGCUAGUGGUGCUGGUGGUAAGACUGGUGGUGCUAGUGGCGGUGUUGCUGGUGGUAAAAAUGGGAAGGGGAAGGGAGCCGGCGUGGGCUUGGGCUUGGGCGGGUGGGAGAAUGGGUAUGGCAAUGGGCAGAGACAGGGACAUGGACAAGGGCAGGGGCAGGGACAGGCACAGGGACAGGUCACGGUCGGGGUUAUCAAGGGGCGGGUCACGCCUGUGAUGGUGGGCGGCGGCGGCGCGGGGGAUCGGAGGAGCGAGAGGGUCGUGCUGGACGUUGUUCGCUGACCCUGUCUGCCUGCCUUGCCUACCUCCUC